UGGAGCUUGACAUUGAGGAGAGGUGGCAUUUUCCGAUGGAAUCAGGCUCCAUGAUUAAAUUGGUGGUGCUGAUGGCUGUUCUUUCUCUGGUGUCGAAUUGUCUCCCGCUUGCACCUCCUUUGAGAAAUCCGUCUCUGUACAAUGAACUCUCUGUAGGCUCUUAAAGACACUGCUUCCUUUCCACAGAAACUCAGCUGGGACACAGAGCAUCUUGACUGCCUCUGGAACGGCUCCAGAGGACUCCUUGGGAACCCAGAUUAAAUACAGAAGAUCCACCAUCUCAAACAGAGGACAAAGAUCCAAAGAGUUUGAAAUCUAGAGUUUUAAAUACCAAACAUGAAUUUGCGGUGGGUGCAAGUCUUGUGCAAAUGGGUGAGCACCCUCCUUUCCACCAAGCCACUGGGGUCAUCCAAACUGCCCCAUUUGUAAGCCUGUUUCUUUAGAAUAACCCCAAAAAUGAUGCUUCGGGGUCUAUUAACCCUGCAUGUUCCUGAAUCGUUGCUGCUGGAGGAUGUCGGUGGGACCUGGGGGGAUGCCCACCUGGCUGAGGCAUCCCUGCAGAUGGGUUGGUCACUGUGGGAAAAGGUUGCGGAAGGAGACGGGCCCCUUGGCAAUCUGAGCGUCGCACAGGUGUGGAUGAGGUCCAAAUGCUCCACCAUCGUUUCUUCAUUUGCAGCAUCUCUCUGGACCACGGCUUCCAAUGGGCUGGUUAAACUGAGAAUGGACACCACGUGCUUGCAGACUCCCGUGACUGUUCAUCAGAUGUUCCAAGAAUCUUUAGAGAAAUAUGCAUCUCUCGAAGCAAUGGCCAGCAAAAAAGAUGGGAAAUGGGAGAAGAUCUCCUUUUCUGAGUAUUACCAACUCUCUCGCAAAGCAGCCAAAAGCUUUUUGAAGCUGGGCCUUGAACGAUUGCACAGCGUUGCGAUCCUUGGGUUCAAUUCCGCGGAAUGGUUCAUCUCGGCUGUCGGAGCAGUUUUUGCCGGUGGCAUCGUUACUGGGAUCUACACGACCAGUUCCCCAGAGGCCUGCCACUACAUUGCCCAGGACUGCAGAGCCAAUAUCAUUGUAGUCGAGAACCAGCGACAACUGGACAAAAUUAUGCAGAUCUGGGAUCGCCUGCCACACUUGAAGGCGGUUGUGAUGUACAAGGGUCCUGUGCUUUUGAAAUGUCCCAAUUUGUAUACGAUGGAUGACUUUAUGGAGCUGGGCAACACGGUCCAGGACGAAGAGCUGGAUGCGGUCAUCAAUGCCCAAGAGCCGAAUCAGUGUUGUGUCCUGAUAUACACGUCCGGGACGACUGGAAAGCCGAAAGGCGUGAUGCUGAGCCACGACAACAUAACUUGGACAUCAGCACAUGCCAGCCAAGCCGGGGACAUGCAGCCAGCCGAAAUCCAGCAGGAGACCAUCGUCAGUUACCUUCCGCUCAGCCACAUUGCUGCCCAAAUAUACGAUCUCUGGACCGGAAUCAAGUGGGGAGAGAAGGUUUAUUUUGCAGAACCGGAUGCCUUGAAGGGAGGCCUGGUGGACAUCCUGAAAGAGGCCCUACCCACUUCACACAUGGGAGUCCCCCGGGUGUGGGAGAAGAUCAUGGAGAAGAUCAAGGAUGUCUCUUCUCAGUCCGGUUAUGUGAAAAAGAAGAUGCUCUCCUGGGCGAUGUCAGUCAGCUUGGAGCAAAACCUGAGCAGCUCAAACAGUGAUCUCAAGCCCUUUCGAAUGAGACUGGCGGAUGCCUUGGUCCUUGCUAAAAUACGGCAUGCCUUGGGCUUUUCCCACUGUCAGAAGCACUUCUGUGGGGCUGCACCUCUUUCUACGGAAGUGCUGCAGUUCUUCCUUGGCCUGAACAUCCCCCUGUAUGAAGCUUACGGGAUGAGCGAGACCACCGGUCCCCAUUGCAUGUCUGGGCCACACGUUUACCGACAUUACAGUUGUGGGAAGGCAGUCCCUGGUUGCAAAGUGAAGCUAGUCAAUGAGGAUGAAGAUGGUAAUGGGGAGAUUUGCUUCUGGGGACGGACCGUGUUCAUGGGUUAUUUGAACAUGGAGGACAAGACCCGAGAAGCGAUCGACGAGCACGGCUGGCUGCAUUCCGGAGACCUUGGAAAGAUCGAUCAGGAUGGGUUUGUUUAUGUUACUGGAAGAAUUAAAGAGCUCAUCAUUACCGCCGGGGGGGAGAAUAUCCCUCCGGUCCCCCUCGAAGAUGCCGUGAAGAAGGAGCUGCCGGCACUUAUUAGCAAUGCGAUGCUGAUUGGAGACCACAAGAAGUUCUUGUCCAUGUUGCUGACUUUAAAGUGCACGCUGGAUCCUGAUACAUCGGAGCCGACGGACUGCCUGACCCAAGAAGCCAGAGACUUUUGCCAGAAAGUUGGCAGCAAAGCCACUCAAGUGUCCGAAAUUAUACGGCUGAAAGAUCGCGCUGUCUACCAGGCCAUCCAGAAUGGCCUAGACCGCGUUAAUGCGCGCGCAGUCGCCAAUGUUCAGCGCAUCCAGAAGUGGGCAGUCCUCGGAAAGGAUUUUUCCAUUUCCGGUGGAGAAUUCGGUCCAACCAUGAAAUUAAAGCGGCAAGCUGUUGUUGAGAAGUACAAAGAUGAAAUCGAUUCCUUUUACAAAAACUGAAGUUGGCAGCACAGGACAGCUGCCCAGACUCCGCUGCAGCAUCUAAUAAACCUCCACUGUGUGCUAUGCAAGAGCUUCCUUCGCUUGUUUACGCAACUGUCAUUUGGAAGAGAAGCAUUAGAUACUGCCAUGUUUUAACAGGCUAGAAGGAUGUCGUUCACCUCACUUAAGUGCCUUUCUUCUGAAUGUGGUCAAUUUGACGUUUGCCGCUCGAGAGAGCUGCUGCCAGCCCCAAUACGCUUUCUAGUCAAUGUUGAUGCUCAUUUGGUGCAUAAAUGCUGGAAACAGAAUGAAAAUAGUCUUAACUCUG